UCCACUACCACCAACUGGCCCCCCCAUUCCAACUUUUUACACCCCCCCACUGCCCCCUUGUCCGGCCUUACCCCCACCACUGGUUCCCCCAUUUCCACCAACUUACACGCACCAAAUAAACAUCAUUUUUACACUACCCCCCAAUUGGGGGCCCAUCCACUACCCAAAACCGGCUGCCCCAUCCCCCAAACUAGCACACCCCCACUGUCCAUUCCUACUACACCCAACUGGGGUCCACAUCCCAACUAUUGCCCAAUUUUGGCCCACCCAAAAUAAACAACCACUUGGGGGCAUCCAUCCCCAACUUACCCAACCCCAAACUGCUAAUAUACUUUUACAACCCCCCAACUGGGGCCCCCAUCUAAUUCCCCCAAACACCCCACUGCCUCAGCAAAAUUAG